CGUGCGCGGGGCGGCAUGGCGGCGGCUUCUCCUCCUCCUCCUCCUCCUCCCCAGGGCGGGGACCCCCGGGACCUGCAGCAGAACCGCCGCUUCCUCGACUUCUUCUGGGACGUGGCCAGUCCGCACAGCGAUCUGCGUCUGCGGGCCACCGAUGGCCUGCUCGCCUACCUAAGGGAACGGACACAGAGCGACGAACUGAAGUAUACCCUGAAGCGGCUCAUCAAUGGACUGGCGGCUACCCGGGAGGCCGCCCGGCCCGGCUUCAGCCUGGCGCUCGGACAGGUGCUGCAGUGCUUUGAGGAGGUCCCGCUGUCCAGCGUCUUGGACCAGAUCCAAGAGCAGCACGACCUCAGUAGGGUGAAGAAGAAGCUGCUACGGAGAGCUGCUUUCGGCAACUUCUUCGGGGUCCUGGCGCUGUUCCAGUCGGGGCGGCUGGUGAAGGACCACAGGGCCCUGGUGACCUGCGUCCAGCUCCUGCAGCGUCUGGACCAGCAGCGCAGCCACCUGCAGGACCAACCCAGGAAGGCGCUGGUCGACAUCCUCUCCGAGGUCCCGGAGGCGGUGUUUGAGAGCGUCCUGCUGGACGUCCUGCGGACGGACCUGACGUCGGCCCUGAACUCCCCCGAGCAGCUGCAUCUCCUGCUGGUCGGCCUGCAGCGCUUCCCCGGCGUCCUGCAGCCCAAGAAGCUCCAGAAGCUAUUGGGCUCUUCCAGCAUCUUCACCAAGGAAAACAUCCCCAGGCUGCUGGAGCUGUUGAAGAUAGCGGCCAAGUCGGUGAAGAAGGAGAAGACGCUCCCCGCCAUGGGGCUGGACCUGCUGCGGGUGUCGCUGCAGGAGAAGGCGUUCGAGCUCUUCUGGAGGGAAGUGGUGGAGAACGGCCUUCUCCAGGACCAGGCGGGACCCAGCAGCUACAUGUGCUACCGCCUGUUGGGCAGCGCCCUGCCCCUGCUGUCCCUGGCCCAGCUGCGCCUGGUCCUCCGCAGUCCCGUCUUACGGCACUACGGCAACCACGUGGUCUCCGCUCAGCUCCCGGACCGCUUCAAGUUCGCCCCGGAGAUGGAGGCCUACGUGGGCGCCUUUCUGGAGGGCUGCGCUGACCCAGACCGGCAGCUGACCGUGCUGACCGGCUUCUCCAUGCUGACCAACCGGGCCUACCCGGUGGUGCCCAGCCUCUGGAGGGUGGUCCGGCACCUGCGGCCGGAAGCCCUGCGCCGCUACGUGGCCUGGCUGCAGGACAUGUUCCUCAGCCCCGACCUGGACAGCUGCCUGGACUUCACCACCGACCGGCAGAAGAAGAACCAGGAGAACGAGCUGUCGGGGCAGCACAGCGUCUUCCGGCUGAGGAAGUGGCUCAUCCCACGGCUGGUCAGCCUGGUCGAGUACCCGCAGCUGAUGGAGGAGGCCGACGUGAUGGGCAUCGCCAGGUUCUGCUUCUUCCAUGCCUUCUUUGAGACGAAGAAGCCCACCGCAGACAUCCCCGAGACAGAGCGGCAGCUGUCCGUCCCGCUGGACGAACAGACCCGGGAGGUCAUCGCUAACUCCUUCUUCAGCCUGCUGCAGAACCUCAACAACCUGCUGGUGGUGGGGGACUCGGCCGAGGCCGUGCGCCUGCGGGAGAAGCACGUGCAGGGCGUCACCUUGGAUGGCCGCCUCUGGAUCCAAUGCCUCGUGCAGUUUGCCGACUUCCUGCUCUCCCACGGGAGGAACGUGAAGGCGGUGAGGCCCUUCACUGCGGACCAAAAAGAGGCCUGGGACCGGAUGCUGAAGUCGGCGGGCGAGCUGCAGAAGCAAGACGAUGAGGCUUGGGGGGCGGAGAGCUCCGCCUUCCAGCUGCUGCUGCUCCUCGUGGGCAUCCACCUGUUCAAGAGUCCCCUGGAGUGCGUCGAGCUGCUGGGCGACCUUCACGGUUGCAUCGAGAAAGCCUUGGACAAGAAGACCAAAAAGGCCCAGGCGGGCACCAAGGGCGCAGCGGCAGAGCCCGGCUGGGUGGACGUGGUGGUGGAGAUCCUGCUGUCGCUGCUGGCCCAGCCCAGCCGCCUGAUGCGCCAGGUCGCCCGCAGCGUCUUCGCCCGCAUCUGCCCUCACCUUUCUCGCUCGGCCCUGCAGCUCAUCCUGGACGUCCUCGACCCCGACCAGAACCAGGACGGCGAGGAAGGCCCUGUGGUGGUCACGGAGGAGAGCAGCGAGAAAGCAGCCGUGGCCAAGAAGGACCGGCACGAGGCAGGGUCCGACUCAUCCGACGACGACAGCUCGGGGACGGAGAGCGAGGACGAGGCCCGGGAUGCCGACGUGGACGAGGACUUCCGGAAGCAGCUGAUGAACGUGUUGCACGCCGGAAAGAUGCCGGAUGGGGACGGCAGUGACGAGGAGCUCAGUGACCAGGCCAUGAUGGCCCUGGACAAGAACCUCUCCAGCCUCUUCGCCGAGCAGAAGCUGCGGGCCCAGGCGAAGAAGGAUGAGAAGGACAAGAUCCGGAAGGAGAAGAACCUGCGGAGGGAUUUCAAGAUCAAGGUUCUGGACCUGGUGGAGGUGGUCCUGGUUAAGCAGGCCGACAACCCCCUGGUGCUGGAGCUGAUCGAGCCGCUCCUCACCGUGAUCGAGCGCAGCAUGAGCUCGGACGCGGGCAAGCAGGAGCAGGAGUUCCUGCGCAAGACGGCCUACAUCUUCACGAACCAGCUGUGCAGGGCCAAGCAGUACUGCCGCAGCGUGGGCGCCCGGCACGGAGAGCUGCAUGAGCUGCUGCGGCGACUGGUGCUGCGAGCCUGCCGGCAGUCCGACUCCUCCGUCGCCCUCUACUGCUUCAACGCCUCCCUGUACCUGCUCCGCGUCCUCAAGGGCAACGUCAGUGACCAGCCCCCCGCCGCCACGCCGGCCAAGACCGAGAAGGCAAAGAAGGCCGCCCAGGUGGAGGAGGCUCUCAGCAUGGGCUGCCUGGACCUGCCCAAAGUGACCGAGCUGUACAGGAUGGCGCUGAACCUCUUCCUGACCAAGCGCCACAGCCCCCUCACCAUGCCCAUGUUUGCCGACCUGUUCGGCCGCCACCCGCUUGUGUGCAAGCGGCUGCUGACCACGGUGACCUCGUGCAUCACGGACGGAGCCCGGCAACACCAACAAGGCCAGGCCUGCGUGCUGCUCCACAAGGCCCUGCAGAACCGCGAGCUCAAGCUGUCCAUGACCGCCGCGGAGUGGGAGGAACUGCUGCGGGAGGGCGUCGGCCAAGUCACCCAGAGCCUGAAGAACGAGAGUGAGUCGGAGGUGAAAGUCGACCAGCAGAAGGAGAUCAACCGUCUGGAGCUGAUCGCCUUCCUCAUUAAGGCAGUGAAGAAGGAGGCAUCGGCCAUCGGCCUGGAGGAGACCCUGGCGGCCCUGCGGGCCCUUCAGCAGAGCGGAAGUUUGGGCAACUCCAUCCGCCUCAAUGACCUCUUCUGGCAGGCCAUGAAGCUCCUGGGAGUUCAGCGCCCCAAGAAGGAGAAAACGUGCCCCGCCCCAGCCAAGGAUCCCCCCGCCGCCGGCAGCGCCAAGCAGAGGAAGAAAGGCUUCCUGCCAGAGACGAAGAAACGCAAGAACCGCAAGAAGGCGGCCGGGGGGGCCGAGGCCCAGGGGGACGGGACUCCGGGUGCCCCUGGGGCUGAGGCGACGGGGCCCGGCUGUGAUGCGGCGGCGGCAGAGCAGCCCCCCACCCCCAGCAAGAAGAAGAAGAAGAAGCGGCAGAAGAAGAAGCCACUGCAGAAUGGUGUGGCCCCGAGCCCGGACGGACCACCGGCGACCGCGCAGCCCCGGGCCCGGCGAGAGAAGCGGCGGAAAAACCAGGCCCAGGCGAACGGAGGCGCGGCUGAGCCGGGGCCCCCCGGGAAGGUCGUCCCGGCCAGCGUGAGCCCAGGGCCCCCGGCCAAGAAGAAGCGGCGGCGGCCGCCAGCGGAGCAGCAGCAGGGGGCUGGACAGUGAGCCGGGGGGGGGAAGAGGGGCUUCUUUGUAAGGGAAAGAUCUAUUUUUGGUUUUGCACCAAAAUGGUAAUAAAGUCACUGAUGGUGUCCACAGA